GAGAAGCAGCAGCAGUCGGCAAGUGCAGGGCGUUCUCCAGCUGUACAGAAGUCUCUCGUGUGUGGGCCGAAGAUCAGAGCAGCACAAGGAUAUGCAGGCAUGCAUAUACGUAGCAAGCAUGUGUCCAGAGCUGAGCUUCUGAAGAGCCCUUCCUCCCGCGCUUCUACUUGACAACAGCCAUUCCCAGGAAGAGGCAGUUGCCAGCAGCAUGGUGGGGGUGACGGUGAUGAGGACAUGGAUUGAGCCAGUGGUCGCAGGUUCCCAAGUGGCCAGCGCCUUCUAUGACACGGCACUGUUGCUGGUGGUGAAGAACUACUACAACCAGACCAACACCACCACUCCUUCACAUGCAUUGGAAGAUGCUCAGCAGAAGGCUGUCUCUAAUUUUUAUAUCAUCUACAACAUAGUCCUGGGCCUGAGUCCCUUGAUGUCAGCCUAUGGUUUGUCCAAGUUGGGGGACAGGAUGCAUCGGAAGAUCCCCAUCUGCUUCCCUCUUCUUGGCUAUUUGGGUUCCAAAACUCUCCUACUCCUCCUGCUCCUGCUGGGCUGGCCGAUAGAGGUGAUGUAUGGGGCUGCUGCCUUCGAUGGGCUGAUGGGCGGUUUCACCACACUCUGGGCAGGCAUCAUGGCUCUGGGAUCCCUGGGGUCCUCCGAGAGCAGGAGGUCUCUGCGGCUCACCAUUAUUGAGCUGGUGUAUGGCCUUGCUGGCUUUCUUGGAAGCAUGGCAUCUGGCUACCUCUUUGUUGGCUUCAGUGACCACUAUCAAGAGGGCACUGUGCUGGUGGGCUGCAGCAUCGCUUGCUAUGCUUUCUGCCUCCUCUAUAGCAUUUUUGUCCUGAUAGUCCCCAAGCCAGCAGCUUCCUGCUCAGCCAAAGCUAAGAGUGCAGAGGAGGUAGGCAGCCAGCUACCAGUCCACACAGGAGUAGCAGCAGCAAGCAGUUCCCAGCCUUCAGAGAGCGGCAGCUCCACUUCAGUAUCCCCCUCAAAACUCAUCAUCAUCCUGUUGUUUGUGGCAGCAGUCCUCUACGACCUUGCUGUGGUUGGUGCAAUGAAUGUACUCCCACUCGUCUUGCUCAGGGAGCCUUUAAGUUGGAAUGCCGUGGAGAUUGGCUAUGGCAAUGCUGCUGGGUAUGCGAUCUUUGUCACCAGCUUCCUAGGGGUAUUUGUGUUCUCCAAAUACCUGAGGGACAUUACUAUGGUCAUGAUUGGAGUGGCAUCCUUCAGCGCUGGCAUCCUUAUCAUGGCCUUCAUGCAGUGGACGUUCAUGUUCUACAUCGCACGGGCAGUGAUGCUUUUUGCCCUCAUACCCUUACCAACUAUCAGGUCCAUGAUAUCCAAGCACGUUGAAGGAUCCUCCUAUGGUAAGGUGUUUGUCAUGCUGCAGUUGUCUUUAGUCACGACAGGAGUAGUGACAUCUACAGUCUACAACAAGAUCUAUCAAAACACACUGAACUGGUACAGCAGCUUCUGUUUCAUUUUGUCUUUUCUAGUUGGCUGCCUGAGUCUCCUCCCUUUAAGCAUUGUAGCCAUCAAACAACGUUCAACCACUGGCUCCCUUGAGAUUCUGACCAAGUGACAGAGGCUGUACCAGCUAAAGCAUCUUUUGCUUUUUGUCAGCUCUCUGAGCUACCACACAGUGGAAGGUUUGCCAAGCGUUAGUCCCCACGGUUAUCAUCAUUACAGGAAGCAUCUUACUUUGUUUCCAUUUCACAGCAUGCCACAGCCUCUCAGCCACCGAGCUCACCCAGGACAAAGAAGUGUGCCUUGAGAUUUCUACAGUACAUAGUCUUGCAGAGUAUGUGCAUUGGCUACUGCACACCAGCAAUCUUGAGAUCAUUUGCUUUCCUGCUAGGCUGGUUAGCAGUAGUGCAGAGGGACAUGAACAGGGUAGAAAAAUAAUAAGUGUUUCUAGACUCAUCAUUCAAUGUGGAAGAGGAAAGCAGAAGAUCAGUUUUCCAUUAGUUCCUUUUCGUCUGUUCAUUCAGAAACCUCAGGGCAGUUCUGACUUUGGCUGAUGAAGCAGGGGUCCACAAGCUGUGUGCUGCACAUGCACAGUUGCCAGCAGGGCACACCUGCUCUCCAAGUGCUACGGAAGAUGUGUCAGCCCAGCUGAUGAUCAAUGUUAUGCAGAAGACCGCUAAAUACAGAAAUACCACUGUAAAAAAAUAUGUAAGAUUAAGACAUUUUUGGUAAUCCCUACAAUAAAACACUCCUGAACAGA